UACCACCUGGGGACGGCGGCCUUGAUGGGGUAGAAUUGGAUCCAGGUGAAGUUCGUUCCUCUCUCUCUCCUGCUACGCACUUUUCCUAAUGUCCCAGGACUGAAUGCCCUUGAAACCGAGCGAGUGCCGGAAAGGCCCCUGGCUAUUGCCAACCCCAGGCUUACUGCCACUCCCAGCUCGCCCCUAGUUAAUACGCACCUGGCGGCCUGGAUGUCUGCAGGAAAAGCGACUGCAAGGCCCAGCACAAGUCUAGAGCAGUUCCAGCCAGCUCCGGUCCAGAACACACCUGGAAUGAACCUAAAAAUAUUUCUUCCUGCAGCAUCGUAUGUAAUGUAUGCAGUGAUUAUUUCUGGGGUAUUUAAGUUUAUGAAUGACGACAGAAAGUGAAAGUCAGAAAAGGACCUCAGAGAGGAUUGGAUUCAAGCCCGCGUCUUACACAAUCUCUUCAUUCUGAGCUCUCAAACCAGUGCAGCUUAGGGGUAGGAGGAUUGGAAACUAACGCUGAACAAGCUGCUCUCAUCUGCCGGACUCUGAGGUUUCACACAUAUUUUUGUCAUUUAACCUUUCCACCAACACUUGGAGGAAGAUGUUACUUCCAUUUUUACAAGUAAGGAAACCAAGCCUCAGAAAAGGUAAGUGGCAGAGUCAGCAUUUGCACCCAGGUCUGUUUGGCACCAGAGUUCCCCCCACCACCAUGUGGCUGAAACAUCCCUCCUUCAUCUUCAUAGACUUUGUAAACAAGAAAUGCUUCAACAAAUCUCAAGGUUUUUUUCCCCCCCACAAUUUCAUAACUUCUCUUCUCUGCUCCUCACAUCUGCCCACUCUGCACCCAAGUGGAAAUCAAAAUCAAAACAAAAUUUAAAUGUGUGUAGAUAAAUGGAGUACGUUAUCUGCAGAUAGGGAAAUUUAAAGGAAAGACAGAGGCAAUCUUGAGAUCCCUUGCAAAGUAUUCCGUGAACCCUGCCCUGGCAGCUCACCCUGUGUUAACAGCGGAGUCACGGUGUCACAACCUGGGAAGCACACAGAGGCGAGAACAAUAAGAGAGUUUCCCAUUUGAUUGUCCGGUUGGUUGGGCCAAUUACUUAUUGCGACAAAAUCCUUUGCCUUUUAAAAUGUCAUUUGGCUCGAGAAUAAAGAAAAAUUGCUUUGACUCUUCUAAACUGACAAAUCACACCAGCUAGUAUUUAAGUUUACUCUCUGAGAAAGACUUUACUGGUCUUAUAUAAGAAUGCUUAAAUUCAAUGCCUAAUACAUGUCUCACUUUUCAGUAAAAUAAAGGGUUAGCAUCAGUAGCCUUUAAAGCCUGUCCCUGGCCUCUCCCUUCGUCUAUUCUUUAAGUGAUCCCCAAAGCUAGAAUUCUAGAAAUACUGCUCUGCCUUGCUCCAGAAGUCCUGGAUGCAACACUGGAGGCAGGAGUACCUAGGAGCUUCUGUGAGUAAGAUGCUCAUCAAACGCUGUGAGACCUGUCAACCAGAGUUGCAUUGCUUCUCAAUUUUCACAUGAUUUCUAGACAUUAGAGUCCUUUAACAGUCCACCUGCGGUGUCACUUCAGAGAGAACGAUGUGCGUGGUGUGGUGAGGGAAGCAGGAAUUAUGAGGACAGAGUACCCGGUUAACACACAAAGAGCCCGUGUAGUCACGGCAUCUGUAGGUGACAUCAAGGAGGCAACUUGUGCGUAGGGUUCUUUGCUGUAGAGGCCCGUGGAGGACAGAGAAUGUGUCUUCUAACUCAAGCGCUGAGUGCUCAAUUCAGUAUCCUGUACAUGAGAGAGUCUUAGUGAAGAUGACUGGACGGUGAUGAUCACACAGGGUUAAGAGCAAAACAAAAACCAAAACCAAAACCUCAAAGCCAUAAAUCUUUGAGUCCCUCAGGUCGGGCGAUCGGUAUGGAUGUGACCAUAGACCAGAGCAUUUAUCUUCUUUUCCUUCUGCCAUUUCAUUACCGAGUGGUGGCCCCAGAUAAGAAGUGUAAACGACGUUCAUCACCGACCUAGAGCAUGUCUAGCUCAUUUAUCAUGGGGUAUCGAUACGCAGACAUUUUGUUCUGUGUGAAGAAUUCAGCCAUUAACAGAUGAAUUACAGCUGGGAAGAACUGUUCUCCACUGAAUUGCAGGGACUCCUUGAAUGUUGUCAACAUUUGGAGGCAACUGAAGGGAGGAGCUCGAUUUAGCGACAAAUGGCUCAUUGUUCAGAAUUUCUACGUAUGCUGGGAAGAUAAUUCAGUCCAACCUCUCGUUGAUCCAAAGAAUCUUGGAGUUACUGCCAAGGAGGAAAACCACAGAGUCUGCUUGAAAAUAUCCUUGGGACUGAAGGGGUUAACUGACUGUGUAAGCUUUAUCUUAUGUCCAGUGGACUUGUGGUUUGCUGAUUAAAGACUCCGGUCAAUGAUUGUUAGAGACCUGUCAUUGAUAGCUGUGGCUAGCUGCCGCGUUUCACAAGCCCGCUGACUCCUCGGCGAGGCGGUGCCACAUUCCCUGUCCCUGUACCCAUCUCAGUCUGCCGAGGUCUGCCUGCCAAAGGAUCUGUCGGGUCCAUCAACAUGAAUGACGAAGACUACAGCACCAUCUAUGACACCGUCCAGAAGGAUGGGGUGUAUGAGGAUUCAGAGCAGCCAGCAGAGCAUGGAGGCGCCCUAUAUGAUGACGUCCUUGAAGAUUUGAGGUCAGAAGACAAUUUAUAUGUCAAUGAGCUGGAAACCCAUGAAUAUGACUUGGUGUCAGCUCUUGCAGUUGUGGAGGAGAAGGAUAGCUUGGCCUCUUUGCAACCAGAAACAGGAGAAUACCUUCUGCCUGAUGAUGUCCGUCCUGAGGUCCAGGAUCUUGAACCAGGUGAGCCCCAGGAGGACAGGGGCAUCUCAGUGGAAGAGUUAUACUCACCAAUCCAGGAGCAGGAGUCUGACCCAGAGGAGCCCCAGGAGAACGGAGGUAGGUUGGAGGAAGACCUGCCUUCUCCCUCAAGCUACACCAUCCAGCGGAGCAGAGCCUUCUCCACCAGCGGGGAUUCCCUGACCAGCUCUUCUGCUGCUGAUGCGGAAGAAAACAAAUCAGCUUCCACGAGCCCCAAGAUUAACCUCUUCGUGAAGGCUGGCGUCGAUGGAGAGAGCAUCGGCAACUGCCCCUUCUCUCAGCGCCUCUUCAUGAUCCUCUGGCUGAAAGGAGUUGUGUUCAACGUCACCACCGUGGAUCUGAAAAGAAAACCAGCCGACCUGCACAACCUCGCCCCGGGCACCCAUCCGCCCUUCCUGACCUUCAAUGGGGAUGUGAAGACGGACGUCAAUAAGAUCGAGGAGUUCCUGGAGGAGACUUUGACUCCCAAAAAGUACCCCAGACUGGCCACGAAGCACCGGGAGUCCAACACAGCGGGCAUCGACAUCUUCUCCAAGUUCUCUGCCUACAUCAAAAACACAAAGCAGCAGAGCAACGCUGCCCUUGAGAGAGGCCUCACCAAGGCGCUGAAAAAACUGGAUGACUACCUGAACACGCCUCUGCCAGAGGAGAUUGACGCCGACACCCGCGGGGACGAUGACAAGGGCUCCCGGCGCAAGUUCCUGGACGGAGACGAGCUGACCCUGGCCGACUGCAACCUGCUGCCCAAGCUCCACGUGGUCAAGAUUGUGGCCAAGAAGUACCGCAACUACGACUUCCCGGCCGAGAUGACGGGGCUGUGGCGGUACCUGAGGAACGCCUACGCCCGGGACGAGUUCACCAACACGUGCGCGGCCGACAGCGAGAUCGAGCUGGCCUACGCCGACGUGGCCAAGCGCCUGAGCCGGUCCUGAGCGCGGCCCGCUCGCCCGGCACUGCUGCAGAAGGCCUCCACGCCUCCCCCAGGACGCCGGCUGCACGGACUCCUCUUCCACGUCGCCUCGGGAAAACUUUUUUUUUUUUUUUUUUUUUAAAUCAGGCCGCAUCUUGCUAGCAUCAUUGGAACCCCAGCUUGCCGUCUUUGACGAAGGUCUGCGCCAUCCCCGUCUGAUCAGGCAGGAAUCUGCAAGCGGAUAUGACAGAAACGGUCAAGCUCUCAGCCUCCGGAGCUGGGCUGGGUUCAGUGUCUUUGGGGUCAGCGUGGGAGAACCCAUCUCUGGGACUGUCACGGGCCCCUUUUGCCAAUGUCAGAAUAUCUCCCCCGAUGCAUUAGAAACAUGCAACACCCGUGUCCUGGUCCACCCUGCUGGUCGUCAGUAUCUCCAAGGUCAAGGCCAAACGCCGUCUUAGUUCUUGUGAGAAAGAGGUGCAGUGCUGUGUUAGGGCAGGCGGCGGGCGGACCUGAAGGAGGGGGCAGGCUGUGGAUCUGGGCGUCGGGCAGACGCUCCUUCAGUCACUUGCUACUUCCUGACAUUCCUGUCACUUUGCACACUGAAGGCCAGACUGAAAACCACUUCAGACGCAGGCUCAGUUGGCUGCAGUGCUGGGCACGGGGAGAUGCUAUCACGUACCUGGUCGACGCUGACCUCCACUUGUAUCUGUCCUGACUUUGCCUGGAAAGGAAAUUGGCUUGUAAUUCCAAACUGGGGUGACUCAGAAGGGGAGGAGAGUGGUGUUGAUGCCAAAAGGCCCACGAGGGUCUGCCAGCCACAGGGUUUGCUUGCUUAUGGGUAGUCAUUUCAGGGGAGGCUUCAUGCCUGCGUUUGAUCCUGUUUAUCCACGAGUGAAUUUUGGUCUGUGAGAAAGCAGACGGGAGUGGGAGGUGGAGGGAUGGGUGAGGAUUAUAUAAGUUCUUUCCGAGGCUCUGUGUUCCCUGGGAAUCUUUUAGACACGUCUUCUCUCUCAUGGUCUAAGUCUUGAACUGGUGAUGUCAUGUGACUACUAACCUUAUAGCAAAAACUCAAGAAUUGGCCAAAAAUGACUUUCCAGGCUCUUUAAGUUGUUCCUGGAUGUCAGUCUGUUAGCUGGGUACACCCUGAUUCAGCCUCUGAUGGGCAAGAAAUACAUUUGGGAGGUGGCAUGAUCAUGGGACACCUUAGGAAGAAAGUCCACGGGGCCUUUCUGACUGGGAAACCAUGUGGUUUGAACUUGAAGGAAAAAAUAUAUGUGCAUCUGCGUUAAUUUUCCUACCGUCUGACUCAACUGCCAGAUGAAAAAGAGGACACUUCUUUUCAGCUAAUCUUUCACUCUUUAGCCAUUCUCCUUGAGUUUCACCUCCUUAAAAGCUUACCCAGCUGGAGCACGGGACCUGGGCAGACGAACGAAGAAAAGUGAAUUAGUCAUUAGUUCCUUGUUGCAGUGAACACCCCCUGAGGACAUCCACCCCUGCACCCACCGCCACAGGCCCUCACCUUCAGCAGUCCUUCCUUCUGUGUUGUCUGUUGGUGGAAGGUGAGGCUCUCAAGUGCCCAGAAGCCUCAGGACUUGACUUACUGGUCAGCGAGGGCAGGACGGCACAGAGCUUUUCCAUAGAGACAUCAUCGGUUUCUAACCCAAGAAAUCCCUGGACUUGCCUCCGUCCUGGGAUCUCUGGAGGAAAGAGACCCACUGAUGAGAACAGAGAGGAGGGAGCAGAUCUCCUUCAGCCCAGGGAGAAAGAGGACAUUUGUCAGUAGGACAUUCUGUAAGCCUGAGACCUUUGAAACGGAGGCAAUUCAUUUCCACCUCUAAGGGGACCUUUCCAUGGGCUCCCUGGAAGCUUUGUCCCUGCCAAUGUUGGAAAAGGGCAACUGGUGAGGAAACAAACCUUUUAAACUGUAGGGAAAAGCCCCAAACUGGCCUCCUGGGAGACGAAAUCUCGAAUGAUCCCAAAGGCCUUUUAAUUAGUGGGAAAUCCAUUGUCCCAGGAAAUUCUUCCCUGAACUUAACAGCACCGACAUGAUGAUCUAAGGGUCAGUUUAAUUUCCUGAGAUCCCCCGGAGGUGCUGAUCUGAGAAGCACAGCCAGCCAGCUGCAGAGAGAACAGGAGGAUGCCCAGGUGGAGUGGCUCCCCCAUCAUUUGGACACUAAUGAUGCUGACUUGAUGUUCAGAAUUCAGCAAUUGGUGAGUCUUUAACACAGCCUUUAAAAACAAGCCAAAUCGAAGCAAUGUUGUUGGUUCUACACAUUCCUUCUGUGGUUGACAUACCUUUACAAAAAUAACAAUACUAAGACACUGGAGUGGGGCUGGGGCAGUUAUAUGAUUAGUUACAACCAUUUAAAAGAGGGAGAGGAGACAGAUGGAAGGCCCUUCUGGGUACUUACCGGAAUAUCUUUUCAUUUCAACAAACUAUCAUAUGAUGCAACUGACUGUUAACUUAGAGCUGUAAUGUCUAUGACCAGAUUUAUCAGAGCACUUAAAAAUAAUUAUAAUAUUGCCUUCUGAUUUUUUAAAAGAGAUUUUUCUCCAGAUUCUUCAGCCUCCCUGGGUUUCGGCCAUUAACCUUGUCAUGUACACAGCAGAUCAUCUCCAGAUAACAGUGUGGAGAGGUCCUUCAGUGUCCCCAGAACCAACUCAGGGAAUAUUGAAGGUCUGCAAUUUGACCCCACACCCCAGAGGGUGAAGACAAGAGGUCAUGCUUGUCAUUGGUCUGGAAUGAAUAUUGAGGCCUCAGAAAUAGUUCCUCCUGUUGCGUGCCUUCAUUGCCUGACAAUUCAGAAUCACAGGCCAUCUUGUUUUCAACAAGGGGUAUGGCUCCCUGGCACCAAGCUGCUGAGUUGAAAAGUGAAACACACACAGCAUCAGGUUAUUUGGCCAGAGGAUCUCAAACCAGUUUCAGCUUCCCAAGAAAUGGCACUGUCUUCAGCGAUCACUUCUCAUGCUAGUGGGGCCGUUGAAGAUCUUGAUUUUUUUUUUUCGUUAGAGAAAGGCCAUACCAAGAGUGAGGGCUCCUGUGCUGAACUUUCUAGCAUUUGGUCAAGUGAAACAACAGAAGCUUAUCACGGCACCUGUGCCCACUGGCCCCUCUUCAGUAGGACGAUACCACGCAUCUUAGAUUGGUUGCAAAAUGGAUCAUGUCUGGAAUGAACCCUGAAGAUCUGAGAGUCCUAGGAAUCAGCAAGACCUAGACAAAUAGAAUUAAAAGGGAGGCAGAGUCAGGAAGGUGUAGGCCUACUGAGUGAGAGUUUUCCAUCAGAAGACAACAGUGAGACUUUUUAAAAUAUACAUAUAACAUUAAAAAGAAUCAGAAGCAUUAGAGAAAGAAGUGUGUGUGUGAAGCAUCCUGGUUCUGGUUUUAGGACAGAAGCGGUCACUUCAUUGGCCGUGGGGCCUUUCUGGCACACCAGGGCCACUGUCUUCUGUCCACUGGUCUUUGCCUUUAACCUAGACGACACGUGCCCUCCCGUGAGUGCACAUUCCUCUCCCUGUGUCAAUACUCUCCUCCCAGCUCAGUUUCAGGGCACUUUGAUUUCAUAAUUAGGUAUGAGCCAAAGUGUGCAUCAUCUUAAUGUUACUUAAGGAAAUGGAUCCAAUGUUCCCCUCCCCAACCAAAAACAAAAUUUUAAAUUGCCUCAUUAUAGGGUUGGGCUAAUCAGUGUCUCUAUAAAAGCUGUCUUUUUUUUGGCAAAAUAAAAUUUUAAGGAUCCAAUCAUCUAGGGUAUUUUAUGCAUCAUUAGAGAUUUUGCAACACUGACUAUGCCUAUAUUUACAAUACAAAAUAUCCAGCUGAUGUUUGAAUUUGUCUUAGCUUUCCUGACCACCUGGCUGUCCCAUUUUAUAAACUGGGGAGCUACCUAAUUUGGCAAAAGAAGCCUUAGCUUUUAUAAAAGAUCAAGCAUUUCAUUUUAUAAAGACGCUCCAAAGGAUGGUAACUUGAUUUUCUCAAGACCUUCAACUGUGGCGAACAAGUAACAGGACUUGCCUUCAAGCCUUAAUAAUGUAAGAUGCCUUUUAAUGAAGAUAUUGCUGAGUGUUUUCCCCAUGAAUCUGAACCAGUUAUAAAUUUGUUUCCCAACCUUGAUUGGUAUUAACUGAUUCAAAUAAAGUUGGUUUAUUUUCAAAUAUUACAAAAGCGAUUCAUCAAGCUUCUUAUUUGAGGUGGAGAUUCCCUAUGCUGCUUUCUAUGACACAUGUGAAAUACCUCUUUUAAUGCUAUUUUAUUUUCCCAUUACAAAAGAAAAGAUGUUCAUUCGUUUUAAAAAUCAAAAGCAAAUGAAAAGAAAAAGAGGAAGAAGAACAGAAGGAAAAGCAGAGAGCUUGUGACCAGACAUCCAAACCCUGAUUUUUAUUUUAGCAAGGCUAGAAAUGGACCAUUGUACAAGGGCUAGGUGAAAAAACACACUGAUGUUCCUUCAUGGGUCUCAUUUCAGUUUCCUGUCUGCAUUGUACCUGCGGGGAGGGCACCAGUAACAGUGCAGGUGUGAUUUAAAGGAUACCUUAAAAUACUGCUCUUCCUGGACCCCAGAGCUCUCUCUUGGCCCUCAGUGGCCUCGCCCUAUCAGUACUCCUGGCCUGAAACUCCCACCCUUAGGCACCAUGUCAUUGACUCUGGAUUAAGGUCCCCAGAACCUUCAGUUAGAUUUACCUGAAGUCAACAUAGCACCUGAGGAUGAAAGUGUGUUUAUGAGUGUUCACGUUGCUGGAAGGUACGAAACUCUUGGCAGCCCUGUGUGUGUCCCCCAUGCUCUGUCGGGACAGCUUCUCAUCGCCUUGGAAGACAUUAAAUUCCUGACGCAGGGAGUGAGUCCUGGUGGGAGGGGCAGCCCAGAGCUCAGAGCAGAUGCCGCUGGUGGUCCUCUCUCCAUCCGGACCACCCCCAUCUUCUCUGGCGGAGCUCUGAUGGGGUCAGGAGUCCACUUCCCCACUGCCUCCCCACCCUCCUGUGACUCAGGUGAGAAUGAUUCCAGCCCCCUUCCGGGGGUGAAUCACGCAUGGCCUGAGCCUGCCCUCCUGGCUGUGGCUGGUUUCAGAGCAGGCUCCUGACCAAGUUUCACCCAGUAUUGUGAGUGGAGGCCUGUUCAGGAGCUUCUAAGAAGGAUUUCCUUGUUCUUUCAAGAGUGACUCAAAGUCACUGCCUCUGGCACUUCCUUUGGAUGUGUGUGUGAGCUUGGAAGUGCUGCGCUCUCUCAUGACCAUGAGGGGCAAGUCCCAGGCAGGGGCCAAUAAAAUCAGCCUGAGUGGAGAGGGCCUGGGUCCUGGAGGGGGCCCCGAGCUGCUGACUUUGUGUUGUCAAAUCCUAAAACUGGUGCUGACCCUGCAUUUCCUGUCCUGUAAUACAUCGUAGGCUAUUUGAGGGCGUUUUAUUGUUUGUUUGUUUGUUUAUUAUUACAAGUGCCCCAAAGUGUCCUAAGUGGUAUAUUAGCCAAUUUUGUUGCUGUUGUUAAUAGCCAGUUAGAUCAUCUGCUGGCUCACCCGGGAGGUGUUCUGUGUUUCCACUGUUUGAAUGCAGAGGGUCUGCUCUGUAGACCUGUAGGCUGGCCAAGGAAACAGGGGUCUUCAUUCCUCUGAAUCUUGUGUCCCUGCCUGUGCUAUGAUGAAACCAAGGGGCAGGCGAGUGGCAAUCACUGGGCUUGGCAUUGAGGAGCGCUGAGCCCUCCAGAGAAGCUUCCAAGGGUGGACUUGGAGGUGAGAGCAUCUCAUUACACUCAAAGGUGUGAGCUGUCUCUUUUAUUUUUAUGUCUAGUAGCUAAGAUCCCCAGAGUCCCCCGUAAUUUUGCCUUGGUGGGGAAAAGCAUGGGGUAUCACACUGGAGAAGCAGGAAGUUCAGGAUUAAAAACAAGGAGAUCAGAAUUCUAAUCACAAGUCCAUCACUAAGUUACUACGUGACCUUGACCAAGCCCCUUUCUGGGCCUCAGUUUCCCCCAGGGGGCCUCUUGCCUAUGAAAUGAUGAAAUCCCUGAUGAAGAGUAUUUAUGGGUAACAAAGGGUUAUUUCAAGCAGAAUGACAUUUCAGCCUCCUGGGACCUUCAGUCUAUCAGAAGAUCUCUCUGUGGUCUUUAAUGGAAGGAAGAUGAUCACCAGAAAAUAUACAAAUGCUAGAAAUUUGUGUAGAGAGAAUUUCUUUUAAAGUAAAUUUCAGAAUAUCUUGGAGUCAUUUCACAUCCAUGUCAAUCUCUUAUCUUUCUCAUCCACAUUCAAUAUCUCCACCUGGAUGCAAAGAAAAUGACCCUGGGGCCAGGCAGUUGGGUUCAUUGAGCUGUAGUUAUUUAUGUAGAAAGUAAAGCAGACUCAAGGUUUGAAAAGGUUUCCAGUAAAAAGUAUGGAAAUGUUUAAAAUUUGAAUUUAACCCCUAUUUAACUAGACUAUCUCAGUGCCCCAAACCUUCAAACCUGUGAAUGUAUAUAGGAUUUGGAGUCUAGACCACACAGAAUGCAUAAUGCAAAUAUCGUAAUAGAGACCAGCAUAGAAUCAAGCCCUGUUCCACCUGUGGCUUGGUUAUAUGCCAGUUUGUAUCUACCUGGAAUUGUUCCCUGUGUGUCAGUCACUCUUCAUCACCCUUUCCUCAAUUAGAAACUAAGCUCCUUUAAUGGACGGAGUGUAGGUUAUCCAAUUACUGUGCCAGGCCUCCCUUUGUUCAGGGCUCAGCAAAAGAAAAAAAAAAAGAUAUUCAAAAACAUUUUUUAGUGGUUGACUGGAGAGUUCUUGAGACCGUGUUCUGAACUUCUGAGUUCACCUUGGGUUCUUACUCUGGAGUCCCUGACACUCACUGUAUCAUCGUUCUGAGAAUGGAGCAGUAACGGAGAGUCCAGGAGAGAAAUGGUUGUCUGUGUCCCUUAAAUGUGCUUCCAAUAUACAUCUGAGGAAUGGCUCCUUCUGAAACUGUCUGUAUGGCAUUGAUCUGUCUGUCUGAAAAGAUGAAAAGCUGUCUAAUGCAUACUGAAUCGCAUGGUUGUGAUUAGGUAAUGAUUUAGCCAGUUCCCCAAAUUGGCCACAAAAUUCUGCCUCAAUUUAGAAAUGGAUUAGAAGCUUUGAAGUGAGGGCAACUCUAGAUAUAACAGUCCUGGAACUCCCUGUUUCAAUGCGAGUCAAACAAAUGCCUCUGUUUUUUCUGAAUAUAUGCUCAUGAGAGAAAAUUUAGAAAAUGCAGAUAAGUAAAAAAAAGAAGAAACUAAAAGAACACCUGUGAUCCUUCCAUCCAGAGAUAAUCACCUUUAAUUUCUACGUAAUUAUCUUACUAGAUUUUUUCUAGUGAGAUUGAAAAAAAUAAGUACGAGUAAUUAUUAACAAAAAGAGAGAUGUUACUGACAACUGAAACCAGUGCGCUUUCCUGUCUCUAUGAUAAACAGUUCUGGGAAAAACGUGUUUUCCUGUUUCUGUGCCAAACAAUACUGGGGCUAAGCAAAAGCACCCUGCUAUUUACUCCAGAAGAUACUUGCUUACUUAUCAAGAUCAACAGCUUGCUCAACAGUGUUUGCUUCAAGACCUUACCUUACUGUGCCCAUCAAUUCAAAGCUAUUAUGUCAUCAGCAGUUCAGUCCCCACCAGUUCCCGACCUGGUGGGACCCACCUUGUAAUCAGUCACUCAGCUCUGGCUCUAAAACCCUAUAAAUGUCCGCCCCCGGCUUCCUCUUUCUGCUAUGCUGCUAAGACUCUUUAGUCUUCUUUAUUGAAAUAAAUUUAAUAAACUUAGGUUUUCUUGAUCAACAA